CCCCACGCUCGCCGAAACCAACCAACGCCACCACCACCACCACCCCACCACCAGUUACUACUGCUACCUCCCUGCGCCUCGCCUCCCUCCUGGAAUCCCUCCACCUUCCUCGGAUUCCUUCCCCUCCCCAGCUCCCGGCCCCCCGCUCUGCCGUCCUCCCGCAGCCGCCUGCACUGUGCUGUCGGUUUCGGCAGCGCCGUUCGUCUUCCGAGCUCCGGCAGACUCCGCUCCCGCGGGAGGACUAUGAAGCUAAGGACAAAACGGCCUGAAUGGAAGUCCCUCAUGCCGCUACAACUAAGCAGGAAAUCUGCCAUGCGUUUCUUUUUGUUCCCCAAGGUUCAGUCGGCUGGUCAAUCGCCAGAUGAUACUCCAGUUUAUCUUAACGUGUACGAUCUGACACCAAUGAAUGGUUAUAUAUAUUGGGCAGGCCUUGGCAUAUUUCACUCAGGAAUCGAAGUUCAUGGUGUUGAAUAUGCAUUUGGAGCGCAUGACUUUCCUACAAGUGGAGUAUUUGAGGUAGAACCUCGUCAAUGCCCUGGUUUCAGAUUCAGGAAAUCAAUAUUUCUUGGUACAACAUGCUUGGAUCCGAUCCAAGUUAGGCAGUUCAUGGAGCUACAGUCAGUAAACUACAAUGGAGAUACUUACCAUCUUAUCACAAAGAACUGCAACCAUUUUUGCAAGGAUAUGUGUUACAAGUUGACCGGUAACAAAAUCCCCAAAUGGGUGAACCGUCUUGCCAGAAUAGGUGCCAUUUGCAACUGCCUUCUCCCAGAGUCGCUCAAGAUCUCUCCCGUUGGCCAUGAUCCGAAUAGUCAAUCUGAAGAUUCAGAGAAAAGGCGGCUGAGGAACCCAUUUAGCUGUUUCUCUUCAAUCUCGAGUCAGAGACAGCUGCCGUCAUCUUCUCCUUUCCCACCAUCCCCUGUGAAGGAGCGUCUCCCCCACUGCUCAUCGAGGAAAUCCAGCACCGCUUCCCUGAGAAAUAGGUAGCCUGGCCUGGCCCCCCGUGUAACUUCUGAUACCAAGUUGUGCUAAUUCGUGCGGUGUCAGCAUCCGGAUCGCACGGUGCGUCCCAUGCUUGUAGCUCGCUGUCAGGUACUUCAUUUUGGUCCGUAAAAGUCUCUGAUGCCUGAUGUUGCUGUAUCGUGUAAAACCCAACCGACGUGUGUUGAUUCGCCUCAAAAAGAUCUGUUGGGGGUGAAUGCCACUCGAUUCUACCCGCCUAUGUACUCGGUGAUUUGUAUAUUAAUCCAUUAUUCUUUCAGCUGUUGAAAAAAAAACA